UAUUGGAAGAGGGGGGAUGUUUGUCUUUGUACCGCCUUGUCAUUUCCAUAGACAAGGUCACGUUUCCAGCCAUACUCACUUCCAGAAAGAUUCAAAAGUUGGGUAUUUCUCGGUUUCUAAAACAAGAGUUCAUCAAGCAACACUGCCAGUUCGAAGGAACCAGAAACUUGGCUCCUGGUUGAAGGCGAGCAUGGCCGUUCAACUUUCGGAAGCUGGAACUCACAAGUCCUAUAUUGGAUAUGAUAAACACGGCUUUUUAUGGUGUGAAGAGUUAAAAGUCGCGGAUAUUUUAGAAAAUGUAGGAACCUCUCCUUUCUUUCUCUAUAGUAAAUCACAGUUAGUGAGUAACUUCGAGUCAUACUUGAACGCAACUAAAGGAAUGGAUGCCAUCAUCGGUUAUGCCAUAAAAGCUAAUAACAAUUUGAGUUUGCUUCGGAUCCUUGCAAGUCGAGGUUCGGGUGCUGUGUUGGUGUCUGGAGGCGAACUGAUGCUCGCAGAGAAGGCAGGUUUUGACUUGCACAAGACUGUUCUCAACGGAAACGGAAAGACUAUCAGUGAGAUUUCCGUAGCUGUGACGAAGGAGUGUUUGAUCAACGUAGAUUCUGAGUUUGAUUUAGAGCAUAUAAUACUGUCUAGUAAACAAGUUGGAAAGCGGGCGCGUAUUUUAAUUCGCAUCAAUCCCGAUAUUGAUCCUCAGGUACAUCCUUAUAUAUCAACUGGUCUAGCUAAUUCCAAAUUUGGUAUACGUAAUACUCAUCUUGAAUGGUUUCUGAAUCGCAUCAAGCAAGAACAAAGUUAUCUUGAUUUGGUUGGGGUACAUUGUCACUUGGGGUCGACGAUUCGUCAAGUGAAGAUAUUCAAGGAUGCAGCAACUAUCAUGCUGGACUUUGUUUCCAUCAUUCGGAAUGCAGGUUUCCAUGGUUUGCAAUAUUUGAAUAUUGGUGGAGGACUUGGAAUCGACUACGAACGACAGGGACAUUCCAUACCGACUCCAGAAGAACUCGUUGGUAGCAUUCGCGAAAAAGUGAAAGAGGCCCAAUUGACAUUGAUAAUUGAACCAGGUCGCUCUAUUGUAGGAAACACUGGAAUGUUGAUAAGUAGAGUGAUUGGUGUGAAGAGUAAUGGUAACAAAGAAUUUAUUGUUGUUGAUGGUUCUAUGGCGGAAGUUAUUCGUCCAAGUCUUUAUGAUGCGUUUCAUUGGAUAGGAUUGAUUACUCCGAAUUCAAACGAGUUGUCGAAGUUUGAUGUGGUUGGCCCUAUUUGUGAAUCUGCUGACUUUUUAGGAAAGGACAGAAUGCUUCCAAGACCAGAGGAAGGAAGUGGAAUAGCCAUAAUGGAUACUGGAGCAUAUUGUUAUGCGAUGGCAUCAAACUACAACAUGAGAUUAAAGCCUGCAGAGAUUUUGGUGGAUGGAAAACAAUGGAAGUACAUUCGCCGAAGAGAAACUUUCGAAGAUAUGAUGCAUUUGUAUGACUCAUAAGUAAAACAAAAUUUUUGGAUAUGUACAUUAUGUCAUAUGAAAGUUUGGGUGUAUCUUUUUCUUUUUUGUUAUUUCCAAUACCCUUGUCUCAAUAUAGAAUCUCAAAUCAUUAUUUUCAAAGUUUGGGCUCUUUUGAAAGGAAUACGAAUAGGAUGUUAGAAAUAGUUACCAAAUCAUGCAUCGAUAAACACUUACCAGAAUAAUUGCACAGUGUAAUCUGUGAACGAACCAUGCAGAGGUUCAUCAAAUAUUCUCCGAUUGCUUUUGAAGCUAAAGUUGAGGCCCUUGGAAUAUUAGAAUUGUCACAACUGUCCUCUGCAUGAAUUCAGGAUAUGCUUUCUUAUUGGAUAAAUCGUAUCAAACUUUGUUUAAAGCGAGUUAUAAGAUUAUGGCUGCUACUUCAAAAAGAUACUGGAUAAUGAGUUAUCUUGUAGUAACCUCUCUACAAACACACACACACACACAUAUAUAUAUAUAUAUAUAUAUAUAUAUAUAUUCUUAAAGGUUACUGUUGCUAAAAAGUUGUAUUUAUUUGUCAUUGGUUGUAUACAGAGGUUGUCCAACAAUAAUUGAAAAAGUGUGCACUCUUCUUUUAAGAAAAAAAGCUCUAUGCCAAUAAAUUGAGUAUUUUCUAA